AUGUCCAACUACUACGGGCAGGGCAGCGCCGCGCCGCCCCCUUACGGCGGCGAUGUCGCCGGCGCCGGCGCGCAAAACCUCCAGUUCUACCCCUCGACCUACGCGCCGGCGGGCGUCUCGGGCGCCGCGACGCCGCAGCAAGCCGCGUACGGAUACCCAGCGGGCAACAUGGGCGGUGGUGCCAGCAGCAGCAGCUUCGGGGCCGCCGCCGGCGGCGCGUCCAACGGCUUCUCGUCGAGUGCCUUUGGCGGCGUCCCGGGCGGCGUCUCUGGCCGCAUGGGCGAGCACGGCGGUCUGCGUACAGGCUGGCUGGCGGCCUUUUCCACCGAGGGUUAUGACGGCGAACCGCCGCUGCUAGAGGAGCUAGGUGUCAACUUUGGCCACAUCCAAUCCAAGACGCUCGCGGUAUUGAAUCCCUUUCGACACAUUGACCAGCAUAUCAUGGACGACUCGGAUCUGUUUGGUCCCAUGUUCUUCUUCCUCCUCUUCGGCUUCUUCCUGCUCUUCUCUGGCAAGGUCCACUUUGGCUACAUCUACGGCCUUGCCCUACUCGGCUCGACAUCGCUGCACAUGAUCCUCUCCCUCAUGUCGCCCGCCGCCGGCGACGAUGCCUCCUCCUUCCACGGCCAGUACGGCGGCGAGGCGCCGCCCCCGCCCCCCGCCGGUCGCGGCCCAUCGCAGCACGGUGGUCACUUCUCCGCCACGCUGACGUUUCCGCGCUCAGCUUCUGUCCUCGGCUACUGCCUGUUGCCUCUCGUUGUUACCAGCAUGUUUGGCGUCGUCAUGCCCAUGGACACCCCGCUCGGCAUCAUCCUCACCAGCUUCGCCAUCAUGUGGAGCACCUACAGCGCCAGCGGCAUGUUCUGCGCCGUUGGCCGCAUGAAGGGCAUGCGUGCGCUCGUCGCCUACCCACUCGCCCUGUUCUACGUCGGCUUCGGCAUCAUGGGCAUCUUUAGCAGCCGUGGCAGCGGCUCCCUCGCCAACGCGGCGGCCAAGCUCAACACUUCCUAA